AUGAAGUCCAGCGACACCUUGCUCCAAAGCGGGGGGAGCAGUCGUCUGCAAAGCGCCAGCAGCCUCCCGAACGACAGGAAAGCGGCUGAGAGAGUGCGAGUCAUAAUUAGAUGCCGACCCCUCAACGCCAGAGAAAUCGCGGAGGGCGGGCAGGUCGUGGUGAACGUCGAUUCCACCGCAGCGACAGUCGCGCUGUCGAGGCCGACAGAUGACAGACUCUGCGGACCCGAAAAGACAUUCACCUUCGACGCCGCUUACUCCUGGGACGCCGAGCAGAAACAAAUCUACGAUGAAACUGCUGUCGGGAUCGUGGAGAGUGUCAUGGAGGGCUACAACGGAACGAUUUUCGCUUACGGCCAGACAGGAACGGGGAAAACGCACACGAUGGUCGGCGCGGAGACUCGGGAGGCCGACAGGGGCAUCAUCCCGCGCGCCUUUGAACACAUCUUCGACACCGUCGCAUGCUCAGAGCGAAAAAAGUACCUCGUUCAGGCUUCUUUUCUUGAAAUCUACAACGAGGAGAUUCGCGACCUGCUAGCGCCCAAUCCUAAAUCCCGUCUCGAGUUAAAAGAUCAUCCGCGCAGCGGCGUUUACGUCAAGGACCUGUCGGCCUUCGUCGUGAAGGGCACCGACGAACUGCAGGCGACUCUGGCUGCAGGCCAGAAGAACCGCAAGGUCGGCGCGACGCUGAUGAAUAUCGAGUCAAGCAGAUCGCAUGCGAUUUUCACGGUGACGAUCGAGUCGUGCGAGAUCACCGACGGCGCCGAGAGCCAGAUUCGCGCGGGCAAACUCAAUCUAGUUGACCUGGCGGGCUCCGAAAGGCACGCGAAGGCCGGGACAUCAGGAGACGCGCUCAAGGAGGCCGCAAAGAUCAACUUGUCUCUGAGUGCCCUGGGGAACGUCAUCUCCGCCCUGGCGGACUCUCGCACGAGCUUCGUUCCUUAUCGCGACUCGAAACUCACUCGCCUUCUUCAGGACUCGCUCGGCGGCAACACGAAGACUGCGAUGGUCGCCAGCAUCAGCCCGGCGAGCUCGAACUACGAGGAGACGCUGAGCACUCUGCGCUACGCUCACCGCGCGAAAAGCAUUCGCAAUAAACCGCGGAUAAACCGCGACCCCAAGGACGCGAUGAUCCGCGCCUUCCAAGAAGAAAUCGCGAAACUGAGAGCCGAACUCGCCCACGCCGCGACGCUUUCGCGCGAAGUCGAGCGCGUCGUGGAAGUUGAAAAGAAGAUUGUUGUGCCUGUGGAGAAAGAAGUCCUUGUGGAGCGCGUGAUCGAAAAAGUCCUGCCGAGUCCGGCGGAGGAAGACCUGCGGCGCCUCGAGCAGACCGUCGAAGAGAAGGGUCGCCUCUGCGAGGCGGUGGAGAGAGAAAAAAAGAAAAUUGAGGCGGCGCGCGACACCGCCGAGGAGGAAAAGGCGUCGCUACUCGAGGAGCUCGAGGCCCGGAAGCGAGAGCAAGACGCGCAGAGACGGCGCCAAGAAGAACUCCUUGCGCGGCUCUCGACGAUGGAGGGUCAGCUUCUCGAGGGGAGCAAAGUGAUGCAGCGGGCCGCUCUUCAGGAACAGGAGCUUCGCAGGACGCAGUGCGAGCUCGAAGAGCAGCGCCGAAAAGAGCUUCAGAUGCAGCGUGACCUAGAAAAACACAUGGUGGACAGGCUCUCGCUAGAAGAAAAGUUCAACUCGCGCGAAGAACAGAUUGCGUGCCUGACGGGCAAACUCGAGACGCUCUGGAGAAGCUUCAAAACGGCGAUGACUGAAAUUCAGGAUUUGCAGCACGAAUUUCAGGCUGAGCGUGAAGACCUGCUCGCCACAAUUCGCGGCCUCACGCGCGAAAUCAAGCGCCAGAGCACCAUCAUCGCGCAUUUCAUUCCUCAUGACGAUCUGGCGACGAUCGAGGCCAACAUGCAAUGGAAUGAAGACCUCGAGGACUGGGAGACUGAAAAAGGAGAGCUCGCUGGAAAUUUCUUGAAUUUGGCAGCGGACGGCGUCGAGGCUCGAACCUGCGUCAAGUGCUUCUCACGCGAAAACGUUUCGCGCGCGGGUCGCGCCUCAUCCUUCUCUGAGGACGCUUCCAGGACGCGCAGAAGAACUCCGGUUUUCGAAAACGCUCUCGACAUCCACGAGGACUCACUCCUCUCCUCGGGGGAUGAAGACUUCGAAGCUGCCCACGCCGACCAGAUCCAGUCCGCGAUUUGUGGGUUGCUGCGCUCCAACCCGUUUGACGACAGCAGCCGAGGGGCGUGGAAGGAGCGGAGAAGACGAAACGUUUACCUCGAGUACCCCUCGAAUCAAAGCGCCGCCGACGCCUCAACGGGCGGCUGGACUCCUAACGCACCGGAGGCCUCCAGGCGCUCUCAGGCACGCAGACACGCAACUCGAAGGAAUCGAGGGUUUCCAGCCACCCUGUCCCAGCCACACACACCCAUAGGCUCGCAUAUGCUCGCGAACGUCUUUGUUCUUUUCUCGUCGCUGCAGCAGUCUCGUGACUACGGCACAAAGCCCAGACCCGAAACAGCGAGGAGGAACUCAGCGCGUCUGGAGAGCUGCGCGCAAUCGCAGUCGUCUGCGACGGCCCCGUCCAGCCACGCGGCGGAGGAAAACUUCCCAGAGGCUCGCGGAUUAGUCAAGCUGUAG